UCAGAGCACACAGCACACACGCCGCCUGACACCACACAUGCUGUACAACGUGCCGCACAGAGCGCACACGCCGGACCUGGCUCCAGCAAUGUAAUGCCACACACGGGAGCCAGCAGCACACUACCGUUACUCACAGUGCUGCGCCUCAGCAGCCGCAGCCUCGCCUCCUGACUGUCACAUGACUGUUCCUCCCAGCAUGCUCCGGACAACUGUCAUGGCAGCGCACUGAUGCAGGAAAGCCGCACAUGGGUACAGAUUUCCAAGAAUUAUUAUUUAAGACACCUUCAAGGAUCGUCUGUUUACUGAGCCACGGGUUUAAGUUUUUCCCUGUUGUGCUGGUGCUCACACUUCUGUCUGAAUGUGGGUAACUCUAGAGCUAGAUGUGCUGAGGGGCUUCCAAGCCACAUCACAAAAACAGCAGUAUGAGGCAGAAGCCAACGCUGAAAUCACUUCCCUGCUUCAGUUGUUUUUUGAAGGCAAUUAUGAGGGUAUUGUGCUUAGCCCAUUGGUACAAGAGAUCUUUAAUAGCCCCAAUCUAGAAGAAAAUCUUGACUCGUAUUUGGAGAGACAGAUUGCUGCCUUCCUGGACUCUCCUGCAGAACUAAGCAAUGACAGGCAAUUGCUGGUGUUCCUGUUGGGUGUAAGCUGUCUGCAUUUAUUUGUUCAGAGCAACUGGACUGGGCCACCUGUUCGUUCUGAACCUCAAGAUUUUUUACCAUUGUCACUAUUUGAGCGUUUUACCGAGAGCAAAGCUGUGUGUGCUGCAAUUCUGAGCACGCUUGUUCUUGAUGGAGAAUCAGUCUACAGCUUGACAGCCAAUCCAAUAUUCUUACUGCUGGCCAGAGUAAUCCUUGUGAACCUCAGGAACAAACUUACAGCAUUCCAGGUGUUACCAUGGUGGGCGCUGAGAUGUGCAUACAUUCACCAGUUGCUGUUAGAGGAGCGGUCUCCUGAACUGUUUGCUGUGACACAAGCCAGUAUAGAAGUAAUUCCAAAUGUUGAAAGCCUGAUUUUGAAAGAAGAGGCUCAAGAUUUGCUUGUACAACUACAUCUAGAGUGUGGAUAUGUCUGUCUUUAUUAUUAUGAAUACAAGAAGGCAAAGGAACAUCUUAAUCGAGUCAGGAAUGUGGCCAAACUGCAAAUUAAUCUAACUGGUGCUUUGGGAAAACGGACACGAUUUCAGGAAAAUGACUUGGCUCAACUUAUCAUAGAUGUACAAAGGGAAGGAGAUUCCUUCUUACGCAAUGGACUGACACCUCAUCCAAGCCCUGUAGAGAGCUUGCCCAAGAACCAUGACUUACAGGAUGACACAGUUCUUAAUAAAAUCAAGCUAGCAGAUCCAGAUCAAUUCCAGAUGCCUGACUUGUGUGCAGAAGAGCUGGCUCUUAUUCUUGGCGUUUGCAUUGAUUUCCAGAAGAAUAACCCAGUACACAAGUUAACAGAGGAAGAACUGCUGGCGUUCACAUCAUGUUUGCUUUCACAACCCAAAUUCUGGGCCCUCCAAACAACUACAUUAUUUCUGAGGACCAGAUUAGAAAGGGGAAGCUCACGUCGUGUUGAACGAGCUAUGAUGCAAACUCAGGCUCUAGCAGACCAGUUUAAUGAAAAGAGUCCACCUGCUGUUGAGCGAAUGAAAGUUUUCUAUUGCUCGGAGAUGCCUCCAAUCUGGAGAAUUCAACGGCAACUUGCAAGCUUACUAUUUGAUCUUGGAUGUACCAGCUCUGCUCUACAGAUCUUUGAGAAUCUAGAGAUGUGGGAAGAUGUUGUUAUUUGUUAUGAACGAACUGGACAGCAUGGGAAGGCUGAACAAAUCCUGAGACAGGAGCUAGAGAAGGAGGAGACUCCACGUCUCUACUGCCUUCUCGGGGAUGUGUUACGGGAUCAUCAAUAUUACGACAGAGCCUGGGAGCUGUCUAAACAUCGUAGUGCCCGUGCUCAACGUUCUAAAGGUCUUCUCCAUCUGCGGAACCGGGAGUUCCAGCAAUGUGUGGAAUGCUUUGAGAAGUCUGUGAAGAUCAAUCCAAUGCAGCUUGGUGUGUGGUUUUCUUUGGGCUGCGCAUAUAUCACCUUACAAGGAUAUGAAGGUGCAGCAAGAGCCUUUCAGCGUUGUGUCAGCUUGGAGCCUGAUAAUGCAGAAGCCUGGAAUAAUUUGUCAUCUGCAUACAUCAGACUGAAACAGAAGAAUAAGGCCUUCCGAACUCUUAAAGAAGCCAUUAAAUGCAACUUUGAGCACUGGCAGAUAUGGGAGAACUAUCUACUAACCAGCACUGAUGUGGGGGAGUUUGGAGAAGCUGUGAAAGCUUACCAUAGACUCAUGGACUUAAGGGAGAAAUUCAAAGAUGUGCAGGUCUUGAAGAUCUUAGUUAGAGCCGUGGUGGAAGGAAUUGUGGACAACAAUGGGGAAUCCACAAGUAACCUGAACAUUAAGCUACAAGAGUUGCUUGGGAGAGUAACCGCAAGGGAUUCCAGUGAUGCGGAAAUCUGGAAAGCAUAUGCCAAACUAUAUGGAAAUGGGCAAAGUGAAAAUGCAGAAGAAAAUGAAAAGGCCUUGCAGUUCCUGACAAAGGCUCAUAGAUGUGACACCCAAAAAAGCGGUUGGGAAAAUGACCUGUCAACAUUUAAAGACAUAAUAAGAGGCGCAAUAGAGCUUGCUCAUGUGGCAAUUAAAUGCAGCAGAAGCAAGUCCAAUCCACAGGAAGCACUACAGAUCUUGUCAUCAGCUCGCCUUAAUCUACGUGGCCUGUCAUCUAAAGCGAAGCAACUUUUUACAGAUGUGGCAAGUGGAGAAGUAUCUGCUGAAUUAGUCGAUGACGUUAGAGAAAUGGACAGUCUUCUCUCCGAGCUGCAAGAAACCAGUAAUCAGCUGCGUAAUCAAUAUUGAGAAGGAUUCGACUGUACAACCAAACAUACUGUAUAAUAAAGGCUUUCUUUAUAAGA